AUGGAUAACAGGGGACUCUUGUUCUAUAUUUGCCUUGUUAUUUCCUCUUCACAACUUAUACCUUAUGUACAGGGCGAUUUCCUCUGGGCGCAAGACGUAGACGUAAUACUGAAAAACGAAUUGCACGUACCAGCAACCGUCCGUUGCAAAUCGAGCGACGACGAUUUAGGAGAACAUCAGGUUUCGCCUAGUAACACGUACAAGUUUUCCUUCAGAACAAAUUUUUGGGGUACAACUUUAUUUUGGUGCAAAGUUUGGUACAAGACAAGUCCUGAUUCCAAUUCUUAUACUGAAGCUAGCUUUGAGGUUUAUAAUGCUGAAAAGCAUCCAGAGCAUUGUGAUCGUAUUUGUACGUGGGAACUGCUAGAUAGCGGCAUAUAUUCAUAUGAUCCUUACAACAAUAGAUCGAUUAAAGAAUAUGAGUGGAAUAAUUAA